AUGACAAUGAAGCUCACAUCACUCAUUCUCUUCGCGGCGGCGGCACUUCUCCCGGCUGCCGUCGCGCAUCCCGCCGACGAGUCUGUCCAAGCGCUUGCGGCGGCAAAGCGCCACACCGAUAACGCCAUUCGCUCGUUCGAGGCGUGUCAAAACAAGCUGCUGAGGAACCGCGAGCUCCAUGACCGCCGGUUUGCGAAGCGCAAGGCGUGGAUCAAUGAGCAUGCUGAGAGGCGCGGGGUUCGGAGACGGAGUGUGGCGAAGAGAGGCGCGGGCUUGGACCUCGAGGAGAGGCAGGCCAGCUGUGUUUUGGCUCCGGAGGUCACGAUCUGUAAGCCCAUCCGUAAGGAUAAUCGAGAGGAGGAGCCUGGUGUAGAGCUGCUCCUCGAACUGCAGUUCAUCAACGUGGCGGACUGCACGCCGUUAGAGGGAGAAUAUGUUGAUAUGUGGCAUGCCAACGCGACCGGAUCGUAUUUUGGUUUCCGUGCCGAGCGGACCAGAGGCGAAACCUGGCUGCGCUGCCUGCAGCCCACGGACGAGAACGGAGUUGCAAAGUUCACGACCAUCUGGCCUGGGCACUACCGCGGACGUGCGAUCCACACGCACAUCCUCGUGCACACGGGAGGAACAGUCAGGGAAACACCUACUUCGGCGGCCAACGGCCGCAUAUCGGACAGGUCUUUUAUGACCAGAACUUUAUCGCCCGGGUUGAGAGGAAGGUGCGGCUGCGUUCCUACUCCCACUUUCGCUACCAAAGAUGACCCUACGUACCGUGCUAAUGUAACCAAUUUGAAGGAACCAGACGCUUCCAAUAGAAAGCGUCUCACGCUGAACUCUGAGGAUCGCAUCUUUAAGCGGCAGAUGAAUGGCUACAAUGGCAUCGCAAAGACUGAUCUCCUGGGACGCAGGAUCGCCGACGGCGUCAUCGCUUCGAUCGUGGUAGGAAUCAGUCUGGAAUAACUAUCUACUAUAGUGGCGGGACCUGUAUAAUCUACUAUAUAUUUCUCCGUCAUCUUCUGUGUGCUGUAAGCCU